AUGGGCAACUGGGAAUUUAGAGCCAAGGAGCAGGCUGAGCUUCAGUCAUUAUCUAUUCCUGGAACUUACCAAGAGAAGAUUACUCACCUAGGAAAUUCUUUGAUGAGUCUAACUGGUCUAAAAUCUUUAGAUCUCUCACGCAACUCCUUGGUUAGUCUAGAGGGCAUUCAGUAUCUGAUUGCAUUGGAAAGUCUCAAUCUCUACUACAACUGUAUUUCCUCGUUAACAGAAGUAUUUCGGCUCCACUCCUUAACUGAGCUCAUGGAUGUAGACUUCCGGCUAAACCCUGUUGUGAAGAACGAGUCUGAUUACCGCCUGUUUGUUGUGCACAUGCUCCCCAAGCUCCGACAGCUAGAUGACCGUCCUGUGAGGGAGAGCGAGCGGAAGGCUUCUCGGCUGCAUUUUGCUUCAGAGGAUUCACUCGACUCAGAGGAGAGCUUCCCGGCUGCUUUGAAAGUUGGAAGACCUAGCCACUCCAGAGCCGGGCACACUGAUGCCUCAGCGAAGUGCCUGGUCAUGGACGCGGACGACGAGGCGGUCCUGAACCUCAUUGCCGAGUGUGAGUGGGACUUAAGCAAUCCUCCUGGGAGCACAAGCUCCAGCCAGAAGGAUCACGAGGCCAACUUCCACAGUUCCCAAGAAUCCAGACAUCUGUUGAGUCCUCAGUCCAUGCAGCACCAGUGUGGGGACUCCAUAAAGAGGGGCCAUGAGAAAAGGAAAAGCAGCUCCAGGGGGUGCUGUCCAGAGAAGCAACUUCAGAACCAUUACUGUGGGGAGGAGCCUGAGGCCUACCACUCAUAUGGGCCCCACGCUUACUUCACCCCUCACCCAGACUCCAUGGAUAUUGAGGACUCGACAGCUUCUUCUUCUCCGAAGUCGAGUUUGUCAACACAAAAAACAUUAAAUCCUUUGCCUGUUCCUGAAAAGUACAGGAAGCAGAGGGUUCCAGGUGGAAGAUUCCAGGCACCUUCGGACCAGGAAUGUCUGAGCUGCUUAGAGAGGACGAAUGGGCCCUCCAGCCCUGAGGAGAGUCUGAGCAGACAGAGUGUCUCAGAAGGCAGGAGUGAGAGGACCUUUUCUCGCUCUGAGACAUCUGCUGCUGAAGAACAGAGGUCUCACAGCAUGAACAGCACCAGAGAGCUAUCUCCCAAAUCACACUCUGCAGCCCUGCCUGGGAAGAAGGCCGCCCAGGAGGUGGUGCUCCUGGAGGCACUGCUGGACCUGGUGGACAGGUACUGGAGUGGUUGCAAGUCCCUGCAUGACAACGAUGUGUUCCUCGCUCAAGCAAGACACAUUUUGUCAUCUAUUCAAGAAUUUACAGCAACUCAGGACAGUUCAGCAACUGUGAACGAAGAAAUGAGGUGCCUGACUCUUGAAAAUAAGUCUUUGCAAAGUCACCUGGCUGAGCAACAGCAGCAGUAUACCAUGAAGCUGAGCGAGGUGAUGUCAGAACUCAGCGCCACACGGAAGGACGUGGAUGACUUGAGACACCAUUUAGACAAGUCUUUGGAGGAGAAUAGUAGCUUGAAAUCCCUUUUAUUCAGCAUGGAAAAAGAAGUAAAAAAUGCAGAUACUUCAGCUACGCUGAAUUUGCAGAUCUCUGGACUUCAAACAAGUGUGAAGAGGCUGUCUGGAGAGAUUGUGGAGUUAAAACAGCACCUGGAACACUACGACAAGAUCCAAGACCUCACCCAGAUGCUGCAGGAGAGCCACAGCUCCCUGGUCAGCACCAAUGAGCACCUCCUGCAGGAGCUGAGCCAAGCACGGGCACUGCACAGGGCUGAGGUGGAGCAGAUGCACUGGAGCUACCGGGAGCUCAAGAAGACUGUGGCCCUGUUUCCGCACUGCAGCACCAGCUGCGGUGGCCCUCAGGCCUGUUGACUCCUGCCAAGAAGCCAUUUGCACCUUUGUGUUUCUUUAUCUGUGUAUCUGCUGGUACCAUCAGCACUGUCCUCCCUGACAGAACCUGUGCCUGUCUCCUGGGUGUCUUCCCCUGACAGAACCUAUGCUUAUCUCCUGGGUGUCAACUCCUGACAGAACCUGUGCCUGUCUCCUGGGUGCCCCUGUCUCCCGGGGGCCCUGCCCCAACAGAAUGUGUCUCGUGUCCUGGGUUGCAUGCUGUGCAGUUUCUUUUAUUCACAGAUAGACAAUUUAAUUUCUAUUUAACCACUGUUAGUAGAAGCUAACUGGCAUGGAAUAAAAACAUGCAACAAAGACAAACUCA